UUAACACGGCUGUGGAAGAAGCGGUUCAUCGUCGACGACGCACCAGCACUCGCCGUCAACCGUCUCUUCACCAUGACUCAAGGCAACACAACAACACGUGACUGGCUCACGGAAUGGCAGAAGAUCGCGGCAACGCCCGAUCUUGACUUAUCAUUUCCUCAUCUGCGCUGUGAGUUCUACAAUAGGUCAUGCGCUGCAUUGAGCCAGGCACUUGGUGAUUGCGAGCAGUAUGCAACUUUCGCCGAGAUUAUUGACAAGGCAAGAGAGAUCAUCAAGACCAACAGGGCGGCUGCACACGAGAGGUCAGCGUGGCAGCCAACCUAUGUGGAGAAGGUGAGAACUGGUCCGCGACAGCAGCAGUUCGCUGCAGUCCAAUCGGACAACACUGUGGAAGACCCGGCAGCCACCCAAGCGUCAUGUGAGGGAGAUCAGGUGGCUGUUGUCCAGCCGCGAAGCAACAUCAAGUCCCGAGGAAACGGGAAGGCGAAAUCAGCAUCGCCGGCCGGAAAUGGACAGCCUGCACCACCAUGGGUCAAGUUCGGCUUGACCGAGGCCGAGUACAAGUACCGCGGCCGUUACAGCUGUUGUUACUGGUGCAACAACACCAAGCACAAGACCUCCCUUUGCCAGGAUCAGGCCAAGGAGGAUGUGCGGCCUCUACCGACACCGUUGAUGGACGCCGGAGUAGAGGUUGUCGACCUUCACGCCUACAUUGCGAAGAUCGACCGGGAGUUCAAGACGCAACGGUACGACGACAUCGAUGCACCAUUGCUAUAUGUUCGCAUUCAGAUCGGAGAGGCGACCUGCAACGCUUUGAUCGAUUGCGGAGCAUCUUGCAACUACAUGAGUCAGGACUUCAUGGAACGCGUCGGCCUUGGCCCACGAGUCCGGAAGUCCCAGCCUACGCAAGUCACGUUGGCGGACGGUCACACCCACAAGUCAAUCGACCGGUGCAUUGAUGACGUCCCAGUGUGCUUUGCCCCUCACACAAGUGAGGCAGUGUCCUUUGACAUUCUGGACACCAAAUUCGACAUGAUCUUGGGCAUGUCAUGGCUGCGAAGCGAGGAUCACCCGGUGAACUUCUACUGCCGCACCGUUCACGUUCGUGAUCGAAACGGAGUACUGGUCCCAUGCACGGUAGCUCCUCCUCACCCUUUAGUCAGUUGUCACGUGGUAUCCGCCGCAAGCAUGCGAGCUUCCAUCAUCAGAGACGACAUCGAGGAGAUGGGGGUGUGUUUUCUCCACGCCCUCCUGCCCCAUGACGCUUCACCGACGGACUCAUCUUCGGAUCCACGCAUCACCGAGCUUCUCGACGCCUAUGGCGACGUGUUCGAAGGCCCGCACGGAGUAGUACCGGAUCGACCCAUCCGCCACGAGAUCAUCCUCAAGGACGGGGCAGUACCUCCGCGCGGUUGCAUCUACCGAAUGAGCAAGGAAGAGUUAAGUGUGCUUCGGGCACAACUCGACGACCUUCUGGAGAAAGGCUGGAUUCGGCCUAGCUCAUCGCCAUAUGGUGCACCUGUUCUCUUCGUCCGGAAGAAGAACAAGGAUUUGCGGUUGUGCAUUGAUUAUUGCAAGCUCAACGCGCAGACGAUCAGAAACGCCGGCCCUCUCCCAUGCAUCGACGACCUUCUCGAACGACUGGGCGGCGCCAAGUUUUUCUCCAAGCUGGACCUCAAGUCGGGAUAUCACCAACUCGAGAUUUGGAAGGAGGAUCGCUACAAGACCGCGUUUAAAACGCGAUAUGGGCAUUUCGAAUGGCUGGUUAUGCCAUUUGGCCUUACGAAUGCCCCGACCACUUUCCAAGCGGCUAUGACAACGGAGUUCCGACACAUGCUGGAUCGAUUCGUACUUAUGUACCUCGACGACAUUCUGGUGUACAGCCGGAGUUUGGACGAGCAUGUGGAACACCUGCGCACCGUUUUGGAGCGGCUACGACAAGCCAAGCACAAAGCCAACCGCGACAAAUGCAAAUUCGCGCGGCAGGAGUUGUACUUGGGACACUAUGUGACGCCGCAAGGCAUCCGUCCGCUUGCGGACAAGAUCGAGGCCCUACGAGUAUGGCCCGAGUCCACCAACACCACGGACGUUCGUUCAUUCAUGGGGUUGGCGGGCUACUAUCAUCGAUUCAUCACCGGAUACUCAAGGAUUGCUGCACCUAUGACGAGAUUACAAUUGCCAAAGGUGCCAUUCGUAUUCGAUGACGACGCACUCUUGGAACAGCACGACGGCGACGACUGGCACCCUGUGGAGUAUUUCAGCCACAAAGUGCCUCCCAUCAACUCGCUUGAUGAUGCAAGGAAGAUGGAGCUGCUCGCAUUCGUCAUGUCUCUCAAGCGAUGGCGGCACUUCCUCCUUGGGCGUCGUAGGUUCACAUGGGUCACGGACAACAAUCCAUUGACCUACUACAAGACGCAGGAUACGGUGAGCAGCACGAUUGGACGAUGGAUGUACUUCAUCGACCAAUUUGACUUCACACCGAAACAUCUGCCCGACCUCUCCAAUCGCGCAGCAGAUGCACUCUCGCGAAGACCUGAUCUUUGCGCUAUGACACAUCAUGCCUUCGCAUUCGACGAGGAGCUCCAGCGACACUUCAUCAGAGGCUAUGAGUCCGAUCCAGAUUUCACCACGCUAUAUGCGCAGCUAUGUUCGGAUCACCCACCAGGCUAUGGGUACUUGCUCCUGCCCUCGCGGGGCAAGGACUUACUAUGUGUCCCACGCGACCGCCGUCUUCGGACGGGCCUCCUCAGCGAGUAUCAUGAUUCGCGACUCGCCGACCAUUUCGGAGUCAACCGCACUAUUGCACGGCUUCGACAGCGAUUCCGGUGGCCCGACCUCAUCACCGAUGUCACGAGGUAUUGCGACUCUUGCGAAGUUUGCCGACGAAGCAAACCUCGCAACCGCAACCCCUACGGCGAGCUGCGCCCGAUGUCGAUCCCGCAGGAACCCGGUCUCUCCAUUGCCAUGGAUGUCACCGGACCAUUCCCCCGCAACCGCCUUGGACACGACGGCAUCCUCACGGUCAUGGACCGAUUGAGUAAGUACGCGCGUUUUCUCCCUUGCAAGUACUACUCCACGGCUCCCGAGCUGGCACGCCUCUUGCACACCGGUUGGAUUUGUGGCCACGGUGUACCAGAAGACAUAGUCAGCGACCGCGACACUCGCUUCAUGUCGGCGUUUUGGACUGCUCUCAUGCAGGAGUCCGGCACGAAGAUGAAACCAAGUUCGGCUCGGCAUCCACGGACGGACGGGCAAACGGAGCAGGCACAUCAAACCGCUCAAAUGAUGCUUCGUACGCUCAUCCGUCCGGACCAAAAAGAUUGGGCUGACCGCCUCCCCGACAUCAAGUUCGCCUACAACACUUCGGUGCACCCGGCGAUCGGCGUGACUCCAUUCGAGUUGCACCACGGUGGACGGAAAGGCCGUAUCUUCGCCGACCUUCUCCUCCCACGACCAGCCGACAUCGAUGUCGCUUGCUCUCCCGCUUCCAUCCGGAAGUACAGGGAAUUGCUGGCUCAAGCCCGAGCGAAUAUGCAAAAGGCUCAAGUCCGCAUGCAGCAGCAAGCCAACAGGCAUUGCGUGCCAUGUCCCAUCCUCGCCGGCGACCUGGUUUGGGUUUCCGCGGAAGAGUUUGCACUGGAACAGGAUGUCAGUGGCAUGGAGCAAACAAGCUUCCUCUUUCAGCAGGCAGCAGAGGUAGGGUUAUCCCAUUCUGCUCUUCUGCGUACCGUCCUUGCAAGGGCCUGUAGAAGACAUGGUCUUCCAUGGCCAUGCUUUCCCGAACAAGAUGAUGGAUUGCGUCACUCUGACUCAGACACUGCACAGGAGUCUGACGGUGCAGCUAGUAAGCAUCAUGACAACGUGCAGGGGGGAAGAAAUCCAAAUUUGACAAUGAGGCCCUGGCGAAACACCUCUGCCGCAGCUAGGCCUACUAAAUCGCAGGCUGUUUAUGUUCUAUUUGGUGGAGCCACCUCCGAGCGCCAGGUGUCACUCAUCAGCGGGACAAAUGUUUGGCUGAAGCUUAGGGAAUUGGAUGAGUUCCACGUUCGCCCUUUCGUACUAGCUGCUUCAGAUAGCCAACAGCAAGACACAAAUGGGGGAGUGCGGCGUAGCACGAAGUCAUCUGCGGAAGAAAUGACGGUUUGGGCACUGCCGUACAAGAAUGUGCUUAAGCAUACUGUGGAAGAGGUGGUGGAGGACUGUGAGAGGGCAUGUGAUGAAGCUUCACUGGAGUCUUCACUGGAGUCUAAGUUUUGCACAUUGGGAUCUUGGUCACCCAUGGUGUCUCUGAAGAUGCAAGUCAGGGAAGAGUUGAUGAAUGCUGGAAUAAGUCUCAACUUGGAUCAUCUGGAAAAGCCGCGCAAACUCACCUUGAGGAAAUGGAUAUCCGAAGCAGCCGAAAAUAAUGCUGUGGCAUUUAUUGCAGGUAUAUCUUAUGUGAAACGCCGUUGAAUUAAAAUAAUGUCUUCGCACAAUCUACGCAUGUUUGCCUUCACUGAGAUUGGCCAUUUGAAGCCUGUCCCGUUUACUGAUAUGCCUCUUCUCUGAAUUGGCAGUCUGUAGGAAACUGGAUAGUGCCCGAUUUUCGUGAGUUUGGGUUAAGUUAAAAUUUUUAAGUAAAUGUCAGUUAUCCGA